AUGAAACAUACAGACAGUCAGAGAAACGUAUCAGAAUUCAUUCUUCUGGGUCUUUCCUCUGUCCGGAACCUACAGAUAUUUUGCUUCAUGUUCUUCCUCUUGUGUUAUGUUGCCAUCCUGGUGGGAAACCUUCUGAUCCUAAUCUCCAUCAGAUGCAGUGCUCUUUUUAACCAACCAAUGUACUAUUUCCUCAGCCAUUUAUCCUCCAUGUACAUCUGCUAUACCUCCUGCAUGACACCCAAACUGAUUGGUGACCUACUUACAGGAAGAAAAAUGAUCUCCUAUAAUGAUUGCAUGUUACAGGUCUUUUCCAUGCACUUCUUUGGAAUGAUUGAAAUCUUCAUUCUUACAGUCAUGGCCUUUGAUCGCUGUGUUGCCAUCUGCAAACCUCUCCACUACAUGAUUAUCAUGAACAGGACAAGAUGCAAUAUUUUAGUCUUGACUGCUUGGGCUGGUGGGGCUUUCCAUUCUUUUUCCCAGUUUUCUCUGAUAAUCUGGUUACCCUUCUGUGGCUCCAGUGAAAUUGAUCAUUACUACUGCGAUAUUUUUCCUUUGCUGAAAGUCGCCUGUGUUGACACCUACAUUAUUGGCAUCCUUGUGGUUGCCAAUUCAGGAGUGGUUGCCUUAGUAACCUUUGUUCUCUUGUUUGGGUCUUAUAUUAUUAUACUGUGCACCUUAAGAAAUCACUCAGCAGAGGGAAAGCGCAAAGCCCUGUCUACUUGUGGGUCUCAUAUCACUGUGGUCAUUUUAUUUUUGGGACCUUCAAUCUUUGCAUACCUUAGGCCUCCUACUACUUUCUCUGAGGACAAAAUAUUUGCAUUAUUUUACACCAUCAUUGCUCCUAUGUUUAAUCCCAUAAUCUACACUCUGAGAAAUACUGAGAUGAAAAAGGCUGUGAGAAAGGUUUGGUGUCAAAAAAUAUUUUUUAGGACAAGAACAUAA